AUGGAAAAACUCACCCCCUUGACCCGCACCCUCCUCCUCAAAGGAGUCCACGUCGUCCCAACCCGUCACAGCCAGUCUGCCGCGGCACCGCUCCACCCUCUUAUUCCCUGUGCCCCGCUAGUCUCGCUCACCGCAAACCCCUCCAUCGGCCCUGGCGGCUCUUUCUACCGCGACUUCGCCCACUUUUGCGUCUACGCCCCCGACCUCUUCGCCGCCGACCGCGUCCUCCCGCUCCUCGAAGGCGUCAACGCCUGCUUCGUCGACGCCCCCGGAUGGCGCUCCACAGGCCUCUCCUACAACGCCGCCUCGGACCGCGACGGGCCCUGGACAAGAUAA